GAGAUGGAGGUAUAAAAGCAGAAUGUGGGCAAGCUGAAGGAGAAGACACAAGGAGCUCUAAGGAGAAGCCUCGCAGAAAACUCUAACAGCAGAAACUCAGUAGAAAUGAACGCAAGUCCACCUGCAGGAAGCGCCCUGGCCCCCGGUGGCGCCACUGGCCCCACAACACCCAAGAAGGGACCACCCAAGUUCAAGCAGAGGCAGACUCGUACAUUCAAAAGCAAGGCCCCCAAACCAGGCCAGAAGGGCUUCGGUGACGAUAUCCCUGGCAUGGAGGGUCUUGGCACAGACAUCACAGUGGUGUGCCCAUGGGAAGCCUUCGGCGACAUGGAGCUCAGCGACUUGGCCAAAUACGGCAUCAUUUAAACUGCCUGCCUUCCUUGCCUGCCUGCACCUUUCCUCUGUCUGAUCCUCUCCUCCCUGCCUUCUGUUCGUCCCAGCUCGGCACUCCGUCAUAAGCCUGCCGGCAAACUCCCUAAUGUCCUCUCGUCUAUCUACCUCAUGCCUAACUCCACUAAGUGGACAAUGUUAUUUUUAUAUUAUUAUGAUAAUAAUAUGAUACUGUUUACAGUAUGUAUAUAUACUUGAAAUAAGAAGACGAGAAAAAAUCUCCACUUACCUUUUUCCCUUACCCAUCCACCUAAACUAUUACAGAUGAACUUUCCUCUCUUCCUCUGGACUUUCCUCUCUUCCUCUCUGUGUCCCUUCUCACCCAUGGCAACGGAUGCAAGCCAAAUGCUAGCACAACACUAGCUUGUAUUUGCUUCUACAUGUCUGUUAAAAUGUAAAUAUAUGUUCUCAGAGCUGUACCUUUUUACCUUGUCUUCCAUCUCACCUUUUGUACUUCCCUCUUUUGUUUCACAUUGUAUUUUCUACUCCUUCUGGCCGAUGCUAUUGUAAACACCAGGGGAUGCCAGGAGAGUGUGCAACAUGCAUUAAAAGGUGAAAGCUACAAUGCACUUUCAAAUGAUCAUGGAGGAGGAACUCCCUUUUAUCUGCUCCGUCUCCCUCUCUCCCUGCUGCUAUCUGAACCCAGGUCCCUCCUAAGAGAAAAUAAAGACAUAUACUGUAUGUGUUUUGUGUGUGUAAGCACAAUACUACAGAAAAUGUACUGUGAACUGGUAUUUACUGUAGCUGCAGUAAAGUGUGUCUAUUUUCAGUA